CUGAGCUAAGCUGAGCAGCCUGCCAGAGAAGAGAGAGAAUUCAUUCAUCUAUUUUUUCAACUUGUAUUGUACCAGUAAAGAUGGUGACCUGUGGAACUCUGGUGAAGAUCUGGACAGCAGCCAUCGUCAUAGCAAUGCUGGUCUGGACAGGGACAGUAGAUGGAGAUAAGCUGUCGUCAUGCUGUAAGACAGUGACCAGGAGCGAGGUGACCGAUCCAAUCACAGGCUACUGGACUCAGCACUAUAACCCUCCCUGUGUACGGGCCGUCAUCUUGGAGACGGAAAAGGGCCUGAUCUGUUGUCACUAUAAACAACCCUGGGUACGCCGCAAGAUUCAACAGUUUGAAAUGGCCCGCAGGAGCUCAUCCUUCUUACCCUCCUCUCCUCCUUCUCUCUCCUCCUCUUCCAACUCUCUCACUUAUACCUCUACCUUCUUACCCUCCUCUCCUCCUUCUCUCUCCUCCUCUUCCAACUCUCUCACCUCCACCUCUACCUUCUUACCCUCCUCUCCUCCACCUCUCUCCUCCUCUUCCAACUCGCUCACCUCCACCUCUACAUUCUUACCCUCCUCUCCUCCAGCUCUCUCCUCCUCUCCUCUGUCUGUUUCCUCCUCUCUUCACUCGCUCUUCUCCUCUCUUUUCCCUGCUUCCUCCUCUUCUCCCCCCGUAACUUCCUCUCACCCCUCUCUGUCCCGCUCUCCCUCCUAUCUCCUCUCCUCUCUUUUCCCUGCCUCCUCCUCUCCUCCCUCAAUCACUUCCUCUCCUACAUCUCUUUCCUCCUCCCCUCAUUGGGAAUCAACCGAGAAUGCCUUAACUCAGCAGUCAACAGCCAACCAAUAGAAUCAUUGCCAAUGGCUGAAUUCCACUAAAGUUCCACUUCCUCAUAUCUAAAAAAACAGACUUCCAAUUUGCAUAUUACACUCAGAUUUGAUAUCUUUUUAGUUAUUAUUUAAUUCAGUUGUCAUCAUUAUUUAUGAAAUAUCUUCAAGGCCAGUGUCUCGUGUAUUUAUUAGUUAAUUUCUUCAAGUAGUUAUGAUGACUUUUCGUUAUACAUUACCAAUGAGUUCUUAAUGAGUUCUUAAUGUUAUUUAACACAUUUAUUUAUUAAGUACUUAUACAUUUAAUUGGUUUCUUUUUGAUCAAUCAAUGUUAUUUUAAGAAAUGUUUGUAAGAGAAAUGUCCUUUUCUACUUAUUUAUUCAACAAUAAUGAGUUGUAAAACAUCAGAAAAUGGAUGAAACUGAAAUAGAAAAUAAAAUGAUGGAAAUAUUA